UCCUAAUAAAAUCUGUCAUUGACAUUUUUAGUGGACUUUUUCCAUGAUUAAUGGGACUUAAGAGUGACAUAUCUUCACAUAUUGUUUUUAUAUUGCUUUAACAAUUUUGAUAGCUGUGAUUUAUAUGGGCAUUAUAUAUUUAUAUGGUGUGUGAUUUGAUCACUGUGAACAUUGUGAAGAUUUCUCAUUUUGUCCACUUGGUAAUAGUCAUUAUACAGACAGGAAAAGGUCAGCUGACCUUAUUCUUCAUGAUGCACAUUGGAACUAUGUGUAAUUAACAUAUGCCAAAGUGUAAUUAUACAACAUGAUGAUGAAUUAACAUACAAUAAUUAUCUUGGACAUACAACUUGGGAUUUUGUUGUGAUAGAUAUACACAGGAACUUUUCUUGUUUAACUGUGGGUUUUCAGAAAAUAACAUUUAUUGAGUGGUUUAAAUUUGUUGAAGAAAAAAAUCUAGACUGGUAGUUUGUCAAAUUGUGUAAUAGGAAUACCUCAUUGUACUUCAAGGUUCUUAACUCUGCAGUGAAGAAGUGCAGUUUGUAAUCUGACUCCAAGCAAAAUAAGUAUAAUUCUCAAUCUGUAUAUAUAUUCAGAUAAACACACAGAGGGCAAAUUAUUGGCAGAAUAUUUGUGAAUUUAUUAUAAGUGAGCUUCAGGUUUUGAAGGGAAGUGUUUUUAAUUAAGAAGUCAGUGGUUCUUUAGGAAGUACAAUUAGUAAAAACUGUGUUAAAAAUAAGAGAGUUAGUUAUAGUUUUGGAUUGUAGACAGUUUAUAAAUAACAAAGUGAUUCUCAAGUUAAUUAGAAGUAAUUAUUACUCCAGACAUUUGGAAAAAGUGUGAGAGGCAGAAUAAAAUUUUCACACCUCUAGUUCAAGUACCUUGUGAAAAAUUGAAUAUUUUAUGAGGAUAAUAAGACUGAGAUGGCUAAGACAUGAAUGUCUACAUGAACUUACAUGAGAAAGACAAAUUUUCUCAUGUUUAUAGGCUAAUAAAUUACAUCUGUCAGAUCGAGGGAAUUUUACCAGGAGUCAAAAAUCUAGGUUGCCUUAUAGUGCAGUAUUGUAAAUAACAUUAUAUUUUCAUUCAUAGCGAAUUAAGUGGAACAUUUAGUGACAAUCGUUUAUUAAACUUUCAUUCAGGAUAUAGGCUUGAACAUUAAAACAAACCACAACAAUUUGGUAAAGGUGUGCCAUAUUUAAAGGAAGUUGGCUAAAGUGCCAUAUGUUUGUUUUUUGAGGACGAGAUUGACUUUUAGUUCUAAAUGAAGUGUUCUGAUGUAAAUUACUUUGCUCCAAAAGUGAUGUGCAGCAUUUGUAUUGAAGAAACGUAUGCAGGUUACGGAGGUCCUGCUACAGUAAGAAUGGUAUCUAAUAACGGGCCUCCAUUACCCAUGCCCAUGCAGGUGCCACCUGGUCACAUGGUUCAACAGAUUGUUGACGAACAUGGGAUCCUAACCCAUGUCAUCUUAUCACCAAAUCCACCGGGCAUGCCCAAUCAACCAAUGACGGUAGGAUAUUAUGGACCCAACAACACAGCACCUCAGUAUUAUCCAUACGGACCACACUACCCAACACCUCCAUAUCCUCCUCAUCAUCAUCCCACCCAACAUCCAUCACACAUACAUCCUAGUGGCCCUACCCAUGGGACACCACCACCACCACCACCACCACAGAACAGUUGUAACAGUCAUCCCAGUGGACCAGUUCACUCUCAAGGACCAACAAGGCCAAAUUCAAUGGAAGGCAGAGCAAGUAGGCAGAGGGAGAAAAUACAGAGAAAAUACCUACAGAGGCUGGAAGAGGGCCAUUAUCAAAAUCAAAACAGACCACCACCUCGUAGUCGAGUCAAUAAACAAAAAGGUAUGAAUGGAGAUAUACACAGUAACAGUACACCAUGUCCUGCUGCUCCAGAUACAGGACAAAUCCAGGAACUGGAGGAAGAAAGAAAAAUUCUACAACAACAAUUAUCUAACAUGCCAGAACCUGCCGUAAGUGAGGUGGAAUCAAGAAGUGCCUUGAUACAGUUGGCACCUCCAGAAUAUGACCAAAGUGAAUUCGAGAUUGACCCUGGAGAAUUUCGUUACGAGUUGUUACUAUCAGAUAAAGGCAAAGAAGGAAAAUAUAAAUUAGUGUAUAGUGGUGAUGCCACAGAAAUAACAUUAAAAGAUUUAAAACCUGCAACAGAUUACUUCCUAAGAGUGUGUACUUCACUGGAAGAUUUAAAGGGUAAACCUACAAAAGCUGUCCAGUUUACAACGGGCACCUGUGAACCUGAUGCUCCCGUACCUCCUAAAUUGUCCUCGAAAACUAAAACUUCAAUCACACUCAAAUGGAAUGCAACCUGUGAGAAUGGGUCAAAGGUUACUACUUAUAUGCUAGAUUAUGAUAAGGGUCUAGGAGAUGGUUUUGUGGAGGCAUAUAAUGGUUUACAGAGACAACACAGAGUGUCAAAGUUACAAGCUUCUACUAAAUAUAUGUUUAGGGUAGCUGCAAUAAAUAAUGUUGGGAAAAGUCAAUACAGUGAUCCAGUGGCAUUUUACACCAGCGGUAGUGUUCCUAACCAACCAGAUCCACCCAUGUUGUCAGAAGCUUUUGUUAAUUCUCUUCUCAUAUCAUGGAUCAAAAGGCCAAAUGAAGAUUCAUUCCUUUUACAGAUGGAAGAUGAAUUAACGGGCCAUGGUUUUAUUCCAGUAUAUAAUGGUACAAACUUAUCUUAUAAAAUAAAAAAUCUACGUAGAAAUACAGAUUAUAAAUAUAGGCUAGCAGCAAUAAAUGAUGAGGGCCAGAGUAAAUGGAGUGAAGCUGUGUCUUACAAAACAUUGCCUGAUAGACCUUCAGCACCCCCUAAACCCCAAAUUAAAGGCAAAAUACAUGCUCACAGUUUCAAAGUUGUGUGGGAACCUCCUAAAGAUAAUGGUGGCUCAGAAAUUACAAAAUAUAUCGUAGAAUUGAACGAUGGAAAAGGUUAUGAAAUGUUGUACGAAGGUAGUGACCGAGAACAUAUCUGUGAUCAUCUUAUUCCUGGACAUACAUACCAAGUACGAGUAGCUUGUUGUAGUGCGGGUGGACGCAGCGAGUUUUCAGAUCCAUGUAUAACAACAACACAGGCAGUACCGCCAGGCCAGUGUCAAGCUCCGAAGUUACAAGGCAAACCUAAAGCUACGUCUCUACAUCUGCGAUGGAGUUACCCUGAAUAUGAUGGUGGGGCCUCCAUAACAGAAUUUGCUGCCCAGUUGAUCUCACCUGACAACACUAGUCGUGAGGUGUAUAAAGGUCGUGACCUUGACUGUAUAGUUGCUGGUCUGUCUCCAGGUCGACCAUAUCUCUUCCAAGUUCGAGCCAUUAAUCGGGUUGGGGGAGGACCAUGGUCUGAACCUUUAGAGGUUGUAAGUGGUGCAGGGGUUCCAGACCCACCUAAGGCCCCUAUGGUUAUAUGUCGGUCUCCACACAGUGCAAUGGUUAAUUGGGAAGCCCCUGUCAAUAAUGGUGCUACAAUAACAGAAUAUCGAGUGGAAUGGCAACACAAGUCAGAUCUAGAUUUCAUGCAGUUAUAUCUUGGUCCAAAUCUGGGUCAUGAAGUCAAAGGUCUGACUGCUGCUUCACUUUAUAGUUUUAGAGUUCAGGCAAUCAACAGUGCUGGGGCAGGUCCCUUCAGUCCUGUAGCCACAACGGUCACGCCCCCAUCUAGUCCUUCACCUGUAAUACAUAUACGUUCUAGUGCUACUGCCACCACCAUAUAUCUCACCUGGAAAGAACCAAACUGUAAUGGUAGUGACAUUAUAGGAUAUAACCUUGACAUUGGUGAGAAACAGCUGAUAUCAAUUGGUGCCAUUACAGAAUAUACCAUUGAGGAGCUGGCUCCUGAAACUUCAUAUAAAAUAAGAGUACAAGCUGUAAAUGGAAUCGGUGUAGGUGCUUUCAGUUCUCCUGUGAAGGUUACUACUCGACCUCUUCCUCCAAAUCCUUCAAGAUUAGAAUGUGUAUCAUAUGCACCUAACAGUCUCAAGUUAAAAUGGGGUGAUGGUCGUAACCUGGAUCUACUCACUUACACCUUAGAGAUGGAAAAAGAAGAUGGAAACUUCCAAAUGGUAUACCAAGGCACAUCUAAUUCCUACAAAAUAAACAAAUUACAAGAGAUGACAAGUUAUGACUUGCGUUUAUUUGCCAGUAAUGCUGCUGGUAGUGGACCAUACUCAGAAGUGUAUACAUUUACAACAUUAAAAGCACCACCACCUGCUCUCAAAGCUCCCAAAGUACAGGAUGUUCAGUUGCAUAGCUGUUUUGUAGAAUGGCAAGGAUGUAAACCCGUGGGGUCCGAUACCAUAUCAUACAUAUUACAGUUAUAUUGUAGAGAUCAAGACUUUAGACAGGUGUAUUGUGGACCUGAAUCACAGUUCUUUUUGACUAAUUUAAACCCUAAGACAGACUACAUGCUGAGAGUUUGUGCAAUAAGACAUUGUUCCGAUGGUUCAGGGGACGUCAUAGGUGCAUUCAGUCCUAGUCACACAUUUAUGACACAAGGUCACGAACCUAUAUCUUCCUCGGAUACACGUGUGUCAGAAACAAAAUUUGUGGAACCAAAGCAAUUGACAGAUCAACAGUGUGCUGUGAUUAUUUUGUGCGCAUUUGUGUUUUUAGCCAUUCUUGUAGCUAUUUUGCUGCAACAGAUUAUUUCAUGGUCAAGUGGGCAUUCAAAUAGAGAUGAAGAUAUAUUAUGAAAGGAGUCUAUUUGCUUCAUGUCUCCAAACUAAGGAGGAUAUUGCAUCAGCAUUUGGGUGAGGAAUUCAUGCCACAGAGGAGAUGCAUCAAAGUAUACCUGUGUUCAUUGCAUUAAUACAUGGUUGGAGUGGAAUACAGUCAUUCAUUUUACAAUUUUUAACCUCACCGGUGGAAGGAAAUAUUUGUUGUAUUCCACAGUGGGUAUUUUUUCUGCCUUUACACUUGUUAAAUUGCUAUUGUCAAGUCAAAUCCAUUUUGUUAAAACUUUUUGUUGGUGGAUUCAUUCUACUGGGUAUUUAUUAUAUUUCAUGUUACAUGAUUGGCUGAUUUUAAAAAAAUGUUGUUUACCUGUUAAAUGUGAUUUGAUUGGCUGACUGACAGUUGUUAUGAGCUCAUUGUUGUAGCUUUCUGUGAAUAGAUUAUAAAUAUUGACCAAUCAUAAUCAUUGUAACAAAUUUUAAUGUUUUUUGACAUUUAAAACUGCUUCCAUGACAUGGUUUCCCAGACCAGAUUGUUAGAAUAACUGCUUCUGUAGUCUAAAUGGUAGAAAAAAGUAGUCAAUGUGAAAUUUUUGCCAAAAAAAAAAAAAUCAAUAAUAUAUUUUGUUUGUGGUAUUUAUUGAACAGAUUAUUUGUUUGAAGUUUUAUAUUAGUUGCAUGCAUCUCUCACUGUAUUGUAUAUAAGGUCCCGAAUGACAUUUAAACAUAAAUACGUUCAUUAUUUAAGGUAAUGGAAAUAUAUAUCAUAUUAAAUUUUUAUUUACAAUACUAAAGAAAUUUCUUGUCUUUAAUUUUUCCUCAAAAAAUUUAUAUUUAAUUUUGAAAACAUUGAUUCAUUUGAUAAUAAACAUUUUCACAUAGUAAACAUAAACAAGAGAAAAGUAAAUGUAUGCAGAUACCUGAAGAUUAUCUAUUUAGCAUUAGUAUGCCAUAUCUUCUCAUCUUAUUUUAUACAGUAGAUAGUGCAAUGAGCACAAUCAACAAUACAAACAAUCCCACCAGAGAACUAUAUAUAUAAUGGUAAUAUUGUGAAUGUCUAGUUACCAGUGAGAGAUGCAUCAAUACCUGUGUGGGAGAACUACUGAAUUCAUGUGAUACAUUAUAUAAGCUUAUUACAUAUCUUUUUAUCUACAAUCAUAUAUACACUGCUAUUACACAAACUAUUUCUUCCUGGUAAUAGAAACCAAUUUAUACAUUGUUAAAAGCCAGAGAUGAGAAGUAUAAUGAAGAAUUAAAUCAUUUUUAACCAUACCAAUACUGUAUUCAUGUGUGCUUUUCAUGAAAAAAGUACUCUUAGAUAUGUUCAAUUCUGAGAUUCAUUAAUCAAAUUGCAAACUUCCCUUUUUUCAGCUGUAAUGGUGAAGCAAUAUUUUUCAGAUCUACUUGUCAGUUACAAUGCGAUCAGAUAUGUUAAUAUUCAUAUAUUUAAAUUAAAAUAAAAAUUGAUUGAUAUGUUAAACAACUGUGAUAAUUAAAGGAUAAUAUAUUGUAUAUAUGAUUGCAAUAAAAAGUAUAAAAUAAGCAUAAAUCAUUCUUAUUAGUAUGUUUUGCUGUAACUGUUUUAAUAUUUCAUGGGUAAGGAAUGUUUUAUGGAAUUUCACAGAGAUCUGCUUUGGUGACCUCCCUUGUAAGAAAUGUGUACAUUUCUCAAGCAUUAUAACUCUGUAAAGCACAAUACUGUGUCUUUAAAAUACUUUUGAUAUACACUCAUUGGUCCUGUGUUAGCAUCCUGCUGGUGUACCGUGCAGCACUUAGCAUAGCACUCUAUCAAAUUUAUGCUAUUUUGGUUUUAAUUGAAAGAAAUUUGUCUGGAUAUUAAAAGGUUUUCUUUCUAUGGGACUUAAAAUGCUGGAAACUGAGAAAAAUAUUUGAAGUUUUUAAUUAAUGUUUUUGCAAAAUUCUUAAGUAUUCUGGAUCCAUACCACACAUAAAAAAUGUCAAAUUAAGAAGUAAUUUAUGAAAACUUUUUGAAAUUAAAUUCAAGCAAGAUAAUGAAUGCAUAUGAUAUUGUGUGUAAGUUUUAUUUAUGUAACAUCAGAAAGAAAGCUAACUAGCAUACAGUAAUGCUGAUAGUUUUUUAUUUCUAUUUUCUAAAUGAGCAUGUGAGAAAUUUUUAUACAGUUACAGCAAUAUAUAGUAAGUUACCAUGUGAUUAUUCAUAAAAACAGAGGCAUUUUUAAGGGUAAAUGCCAUUUUAAGAUUUUGACCAUCAAGUUCAGUCUCAUCAAAUCAUUUUUUUCUUCGUUCUUUUAAGAGUUGGUUAUGAGGGAUCAGCUAAAUUUCAUUUUCAUAAAUUAAUGCAUUGUAAUUUUUAUUGAUAAAAAAAGAACAAUCAUAAGGAACAAAUUAAGAUAAAUAGUGGGUAUUUUUACUUAUUGUUAAACUGUGUGACAAACAUUCAGCAUUUCAGCAGUAAAUAUAAUGAAAUAUGAUAUCUUGUUAAUUUAUAAAACAAGUUUUACUAGGACUAGAGAUUUUUAGAGAGGUAUUUCUCACCAAUUUUUCCAUGUUUUAUCAACUUUUGUCAGAAUUAAGUAUAUAUAUAUAAUUUUACAACAGUUGAAAUUUUGUACAAUAGACUACAAGCAUCACUUCUAUUGUAAAGUUCGAAAAUAAAACUUGCUAUCACAUUCUUAAUAUAUGAAUAAUCCACAUAUCUAUAUUGGGCUGAUAGAUUGUUUGUCACACGGUUAGUAUCUUUGAAAGAGGUCCGCUUUAUCAUAAUUCAUUCAUACAUAAUUGAUCAUUUCAUCUUAUUUAUUUAUAGGUUGUAUUUUUGGGAUUGAAAUCUUAAAAUGACAUGGAGCUGUACUACACUAGUCAAACAUUAAUGCUAAUAGUAUUUGUAUUAUAUUUUCCCGAUUAUUUGUAAACUUUGUGAUUAUAUAAUGCAAAACAAUCAGGAGAUUUAUUUUCUGCAUGUAAAUGUUUAAUGCAACCAUUGUCAAACAGGCAUUUUCAAAAUUUCUGGAGACAUUACUGUAUAUAUUUCUCUCUCUCUCCCUCUCUCCUCUCUCUGAACAAAAAAAACACAAAGGACAGCAAUGUACAUCGCAAUUUGUAACAGGGCUAGUCAGAAUUCGGUAAUAAAAAAAAUGAUGAAAACAUAUGUUACUAACUGAAAAGGGAAUUUACAAAUUGGGUAAGGUCAGUUUUAUUGGUAGGUUGGCUAAAAAGAAACAAACACUUAUUUUAAUUUUAGCCUAGAGCAAGGUGAUAUAUGUAUACUGGAACAUUUGCCAAAUAUUUCCUUCUUUAAAUGAAGUGCCAAUAUAUUUAUUUUGAUAUAAAAUUCCGAAUAUUAGUUCUAUGGCAAUGAAAUGUUUCAUUAGAUGAUAUAGGGAGUAACUUACAGAAUAUGUAGGAAAGGAAUGCAGGGUAUUGCUAUACUCUAAAAUUUAUAACAGGACAUGUAUAAACUUUGGCAAACUGCAUAUUCAUAUAGUAUGUUUCAUUAGACUGUCCAUAUAUGCAUCUGCAAUGUCCGAUCACUAAAUCUUCUUUUAUGCUCCUCUAUUUUUCCAAUAUUAUACUGAUAUUUUACAGAGAAGGGAGUUUAUUUAUGGCUAGCAGUUUUAUCAAAGGGACCACAUCAUUUUACAAGUGAUAUUAAUGAUUUUGCUUUUAGGCUUUCUACAUGCAAUGUUUCUUUUUCAAUGAAAUGUAAUUUGUUCCCUAUAUUUUUUAAUUUUGGAUCUUAGAAUCUGUAACUAGUAAGGUGUUACCAUGUUCCUAACUAAGUUGAAAAACUUGUGUCUAAUCCAUUUGUUUGGUACAAUAAAAUAUGUUUAAACUAAACUACCAUGUUCCCCCUUAAAAGUAGUAAGUCAAAGUUGCCAACUUCCAGCAAUUUAAACUUUUGUAAUGACAUAACUUGACAUGCCAAAUAGUGUGUAAAAAUACGGGCAGUUUUUUUUCUCACUCAGAAAGUUAAUAGUAUUGGUCAAUUUUUUUCUCCGAAAACAAACAGAUAAAACAUUAGGUUUUGCAACAAAGUUUUAAAAGCAUGUAUGAGUCUUGACAGAUGGUAUUGCUGAGGGUAUUAUUUGUACCACUUAUGCAAGAUGAAAUUUGUUUCGACUGAUAUUGAAUAGCAACAAGUUUGAAGUAAUUUUUAGUUUUUAAUGUCUAAAUUUUAGUACUUUUGAUGAUCAAUCCAAAUGUAGUUACAAAGGGAGCAAAACUUAUUAUUUGGCCAUUGCUCAAUUUCUUUUAUUCGCUUUCAACUCCAUUUCAAAUGUUGAUUGGUGCAAACGUACCAAUUCUGUUUGGCAUCAGGCUCUUUAAGAUGAAAGCUACAUGUUUGCCAUGACUACCAGCCAUGAAAACAGCCUUUUCUAACUACUGGACAUUUUCCCAAAAUAAUUUUUUAAUCAAAUCAUGAACAUAAAGUAGAAACCAUUUGUAACCUUGACAUUAAUUUACAAUGGAUGGGAAAACGCUGAGGAUAUGGGUUCAACUCAAAACCAAAAUCAGUAUCAUACACGAGUAUGUGUGAUGCAUUCUAAGGCAUAGGAUAGGCACACUAGCCAAACAAAAAAAUGCAUGUCAAGGUUGAAAAAAGCAUUGGGGUUAGAAACUUUUGACCAACGACUUGUACCUUUUAUAAAAAGCUUUCACUUAGACAUUGGUAGGUAACAUAUUUUUACUUUGGGUUAACCUGAGAACUUGUAUAAAUAAGCUGCAGUAAUCUGAAAAGAAACAUUAUUGUGAAUUUUAUUGUCUCCAGGUUAUUUUGAAAUAUGAUCUGUUAAUGAAAUUGUGCAUAAUGUACAAAUAAAUUGGCAAAUUAUGUACAAUUGUGAAUAUUGUGUUUGUGACCCAAAUUUCUUUAUGUGUAUUAAUAUAGCCCAGAUCUUUUUAUUUCCUGUAAACACGGUGCUGAACAACAAACGUCACAUGAUGAACCAUGUGAUCAUUAGUGUAGAGAAACCAUUCAUCUAGGAUUGGGGUUUAUUCAUUAUUAAAUGUUUUCUGGUUUUCAUGUCUCUUCAAAACUUAAUCAAUUGUUUAUUAGAUGUAAAAUAUUGUUAACUGCUUUGUCAAUGGUAAAAUCAGACAGAUUAUGUUGCAGAACAGCCACUGAUGUGUGGUACAUUGUUAUUCAACCAAGUUUCUCUUCACAAAACUAUAACUUAUUUCUUUACCAUUUACAGGCAUAAACCCUCCUCUAAGUAGUAAACCAAACUUCAGUUAUUAGAUAAUGGCCAGUAUUGAGUGCAAUAAGAAGUUUCAUCUUUUCCUGAAAAAUUUAAUAUUAUUUAUAGAUAUUAUGUAAACUAGUUAAAACUAGGCAGAUCCAGAUGUGUUAAGGAGUGCAAUUUCCAUGUAUGAGAUGGUAGAUGAUAUAACUCUAAAAAGUCAAUUAAGAAUUACCUGAUAUAGUGAGCACUCUUAAUACAAGACUCUGGAUGUGUUUAACCUGUAGUUACAAGACUCUGGAUGUGUUUAACCUGUAGUUAAUGUUUUUUCUUGCCAGGUAAUUAGGUUGUCUCUUAGAUGGUUCCAAUUUCAGUGGUCAAGAAUGGCUUCCAUAAAUAGGAAAAACAUAGAACACUAUUUCUGAUUAUUUAAAACUUAAUGAUAAAAGUUAUAUUUUGUCACAUUUGAUGAUAUAAAAGGGAUCAUAUUGUUUUAUUUCAUCAAAACAAACAACUAUAUUGAUAGUUUGUUAGUUGAUGAAAAUAUUCAACAUCAUAAAAAGUUAAUUUAGAAUUGACCAAAACAAAAAUUUUUUUCACUAGAAAACAAAAUUGAAAUAGAGAUUAUUUGUUUGGUAUUAUACAUUGUACCUUUGUCUUUCUUAUAUAUUUGUUCAUUAAGCAUGACAUUUAUUCUAUAUAAUAUCUCUUGCAUAUCUAUAUUUUGUUUAUAUAUUGAUCACUUUUAAUGUUCACACAAUAGAACUGUCUCCACAAAUUGUUAUUAGGUAGGGCAAGUCUUGCAUGAGGAAUCUCUAGGAUAUUUUUGUGAUUUGUUUUAAGUGUGUUUAUUUGACAAUAACUGAAUCAAAUAUUUUAGCAUUAUGUUAGAUAGAAACUCUUUCCAAUUUUUAAUACAGAUAAACUUAGUUUAAUAUAUGAUUUGCAUUGGUUGUAUUCCAAAGUUUUUAGUAUUGGAUAACCUUUUCUAAAUGUGUAGGUCUCUUUCCAAAACUUCUUAAAGAAAUUCAUUGUUGUCUAUUAGAAAAUAAUUGCAUAAUGUGAAGGCAGAGGUCAGAUAUAGUAAAAAAAAACAAAGUUAUUAUUUUAUAAAUAAAUAAAACCAUAGUUAUUUCCCUCAAUCUGACUACACGAAUCCAUAUCAGUAAUUUCUGCUUUUAUCUUUAUGUAAUUAAUAUUUUUUGUAAAAUCAAGUUUUAAAACUAUUUAUUGAGGUAUUAUACACUUCCUGAAAGGUAUUUUGUUUUUCAUAUUUUCAGUAUAGCAAGGAACUAUUUUAAAAACAUAGUGUGCAAGUAAAAAUUACACAUUAGUGCAAGAUUAAAAGAGGCAUAAGUUGUUGCAGAACAUCUUUGGUGACUUUUAAUGUAUGUUUGAUAUUAGUGAUAUGUGGAUGUAUAAAGAUUUUUGUAUCUUACAGAUUGCUAUGAGACCUACAUAUUAUAUUCUGUUGAUUCACUGCCUUUGAAUAAAUGUGUUGUGAAAUAUUUUCAAUUGGCCCAGCUACCUUACAUCUCCCUCUAAGACAAUAAAAUGGUUAAUCUGUCAUGUUGUUCGUACCUGAAGCUUUAAAUGAUAUCCAAAACAAAAGAAUAAUUAUUGAUUGGUCUAUUGAUGAAAUAGUUAACAAUUAUGCCCGUCUUUGUUCAAAAUAGUUGUUAAUAUAUUUAUUAUGCUGUAAUGUUGGGUCAUAAGUAAAUAUAUAUUAUAUAUAUUCUAUCAAUAAAACUUUCAAAUCUUAUGUUAUUUACUUAAUUUUGUUAUUUUUGCUGCUUUUAUAAUAUCUGCCUGUCAAUAGAAAAAAAGUGUGAGGAUACCAAGGGGGCAAUCAAGAACCUCAUGUUGAAAGAAGGACAGAUAAUACAUACCAAAUGAAAAAGGCAAAAAUCACAGAAUUCUAAAAAGCAUACCUAAAAACUAGAUUGAGCAUUAGGAAUCCCAAUAAACAAAAAAAUAUGGAUUAACUCAAACAUCCAAAAGAAGUUCCUGUCCCACCAAUGUCUCCCUUCCUGUAACUAAAGCAUAAUAGAGGAGUGUAGAAACAACUAACAUGACAUAUCUGUGGCCAUCAGGAUUAAUGUCAACUCGUACCUUUGCCAACUUGUACUCAACCAACUCGUACUUGAUUUUUACUAACUAAUACUUUCACCAACUCGUACUUUCACCAACUCAUACUUCCACCCACUCCUACCCACUUUUCAGUUGUAUUCAUAUGGAAUAUAGAAGUAAUUUCCUAUCAUAUAAAAUUAAAAAAAAAAAAAAAAAAAAAAAAAAAAAACAGAAAAA